CAUGGCGGGAGCGCUGGUGCGGGCCGGCCGCGCCGCGGCCCUGCGGGGAUCGCCGUCACCGCUGAGGGCGGCCCGGGCGCUCCUGGUUUGCAGGCUGAAGUCAUCAGUCAGCUUUCUUACUCGACCAGAUCGACCAAAUAUUGCUUAUCAGAAACUAAAAGGGAGGAAUCCAGGGGUUAUUUUCCUUCCAGGCUUCAAUUCAAAUAUGAAUGGUCAGAAAGCAACUGCCCUUGAAGAUUUCUGCAAAUCAUUAGGUCAUGCCUUCAUCAGAUUUGACUAUACAGGAUGUGGAAGUUCAGAUGGUAAAUUUGAAGAGUGUACAGUUGGGAAGUGGAGGAAAGAUGUUCUGUCUAUACUGGAUGAACUUACAGAUGGACCACAGAUUCUGGUGGGCUCCAGCAUGGGUGGAUGGCUGAUGCUUCAUGCUGCAAUAGCACGCCCAGAUAAAGUAGCUGCUCUGGUUGGAGUAGCUGUAGCAGCAGAUCACGUUGUAACAAGUUUUAAGAGGCUUCCCAUUGAGGCACAAAAAGAAAUAGAAGAAAAGGGUGAAUGGAAGUAUCGAACAAAGCAAAAUGAGGAAGGAUAUUACUCCUUGACCUAUGACUUUAUCAGAGAAGCAGAAAAUCACUGUGUGCUGAAUAGUCCUAUUCCUGUAACAUGUCCCAUACGCCUUAUCCACGGCAUGAGGGAUGGUGAUGUCCCUUGGGAGAUCUCUAUGCAAGUAGCUGACCGUGUUUUGAGCAAGGACGUGGAUGUUAUCCUCCGCAAAAUCGGCCAGCAUCGGAUGAGUGACAAGGAGGAUACAAAGCUCCUUGUGAAUACUGUUGAUGAUCUAAUUGACAAGCUGUCAACGGUAGCAUAAGCUGAAGAGUAGCAUUAGUGCAUGAGCUCUACACCUGACUCUUUUCCUUGAGUUGCAGAAGCCCUGUUCUUACCCAGAUGGUGGCAGGCCUCUGACUGUCACAGUAGGAACUAAGCUUUAUCUGCUGUUUCCUUACCUCUGUUUCGUAAAUACAGGUAUUGUAUUAUUGCUGCAUUUGCACACAGUCCAAAGUGUGAAGGAGUGCUGCUAUUGUGUUCAGAACCUCUCCUUCACCACUUUAACCGUUUUUUUCACAAAUUUCCUACAAUUUUGUACUGACAUGUUGAUUACUUUUUGUUACUAUUGGCCUGUACAGUAAAAUUUUAUUUUUACAUCUUUGACACCUAUUGUCCCUCCUCUGUACCAUCAUUCUAUCUUAUGUCUGAAACCAUCUGUGCAAGGCAAAAUACAGCUUGAGUGUUUACUGAAGUUAGUUAUUAGUAUAGUGAGUACCAUGAAACACAAUAAACAGAUUUCAGAUAAAUGGUUAUUUUGUUCUCAAAUGCAGUUAAAAAGUGGAAGGCACACCCUGAUGGUGUGCUUGGGGUACUGCAUAGGGAAGAAUUUGACUUCUAAGAAUGCAGGGCCUCAAAGCCUUAAGAGCUCUUUAUCUGUGUUUAUCAGGAGGGUGUGUGUCAUCUUCUCCAGGCUGCCUGUCUGUCGUUGUUCAUUUGUGGGCCUACUGUUAAGGGAACAAUAAAUAAUCUUGGUGUAAAC